AUGGCAGCGGCAAUGGAACUUGAAGAAUACGACGCAGAUGCGCCAGGUACUUCAGGCUCCGAUAAAAGUGGUACCAAGAGGUUUGAGGUUAAGAAGUGGAAUGCUGUAGCAUUAUGGGCAUGGGAUAUAGUUGUAGACAACUGUGCGAUUUGUAGAAACCACAUUAUGGAUCUAUGUAUAGAGUGUCAGGCUAACCAGGCCUCGGCCACCAGUGAGGAGUGCACUGUGGCUUGGGGGGUGUGUAACCAUGCAUUCCACUUUCACUGUAUAUCACGAUGGUUGAAAACUCGGCAGGUCUGCCCAUUAGAUAACAGAGAGUGGGAGUUUCAGAAGUAUGGACACUGACCUAGGACGUCCUUGUAUGCGACCUUUGACCCUUCACUAAGACACCAUAUUCCUCUGUUGUUGUCUGUCUGUUUCUGUAUGAAGAGAGUUAUGUAAAACUUGUCCAUUUCCCCCAAAGA